UUGCACCUUCGCAAAGGUCGAUGCGCUCGCGAGCUUCGUAAAUAAUUAUUCUCUCCGAAGUCUCAUCAGAAGUGCCAUUCAAAAGUGGUGUGAUUGUAAAAGUUUCGAUCAAUGAAGAAAAAUAGUAAACAAUAGUUUGUUCUCUCUUUCUAUUUUGUCAAUUCUAGUACCAAGAAUUCCGUGGCCAUGACAGACGAUAUCAUCUAUCUGGUCCUUUUAGGAUCAUGCAUCGGGUUUGGACAAUUCUAUCGCAAAAUACAGAAUCACGAUGAGAAAAAAUGGAUUGGAACUGCAUUCGGGCUGCUCGUGGUGGUCAUGGCAUCUGGUCUACACUCGGUGCAUAUGUUGUUCUCUUAUCUGGUGUCAGCCCUUAUCAUCAUUUACUUUAAUCGCAAAAAAUGUCACCUAAUCACCUUCGGUUUCAUGUUCGGAUACUUGUUCUUCUUCCGUUCGGUUACGUACUUGGGCUUCCAGGCACCUCCCGGCCACAGCAACAUGAUUCAAAUGAUACUCACAUUGAAGUUGGUCGGAUUGGCCUUCGAAGUCAAUGCAGCCCACCUGAAGUCGAUUGGCAUUGGUCAAGCAAAGAAGAACGAUGGUCAGGGAGGGGAAACCAAGGAAAUGGAAGCAUUGACCGAGAACGAAAAAGCCCUUCUGAAGCUAGAUAUGCUGGAAGUUUUCCACUACAGUUUUAAUUACGUCGGGGUUCUUACUGGACCAUACUUUACGUACAAGACGUAUCGUGACGCAAUAUAUCUACCAUUCAGUGCUAAGGCUAACUGCAUCGAGAGCACGUUGGAAAAGCUUAAAGUGAUUCCGUUGUAUGCGGGGUUGUUCCUGUUGGUAUCCUAUAUUUGGCCCUUGAAUUAUGCCACAUCUACCGAAUUCUACGAAGAGCGAUCGUUCGUUUACCGUUUGAUGUACGUGUGGCCGACAUUUUUCAUUUUUCGAAUGCGAAUUUACACGGGGAUUAUGCUGAGUGAGUGUGUUUGCACAAUGGCCGGAUUAGGUGCCUACCCUAAGGCGUGUGGAAAUAAGAGUGGACAUGGUCCAAGCCUGGAUUGUUCUUCAAUGAUAAGCAACGCUGAUGAUCACGAGUAUGACUUCGAAACUGUUCGCAAUAUAGACGUAAUUAACACGGAGAAAUGUUGGACAUUCCGAGAGGCCAUGAAAUAUUGGAACAUGUGUGUGCAGUACUGGAUGGCAAUGUACGUGUACAAGCGAUUCCCUAGCAAAAAGUACCGAACCAUGGCAACACUGGCCGUAUCUGCCAUAUGGCAUGGAGCCUACGCCGGAUACUAUUUCUGCAUCUGUGCUGCUCCAUUCUACCUUCCCAUCGAAGAUCUGUACGUGAAACUGUUCAUCAAAGAUGCCACCGGAACGAAACGACAGGUGUUGAAUGUAAUUUGUUGGAUUUCGAAAUUUUUCGCUUUUUCUUACAUGGGAAUCGCAUUCCUGUUGCUAACUAUCGAAAAAAUUUGGUUCUACUACGGCUCGGUGUAUCACAUUGCGUACAUAAUGUGGGCUGUGAUGUACGGUGUUGGAGUUUUGAUCGCCAAAGAUCGAAAAGCUAAAGCCAAAAGAGCGGAAAGAGCCACUCAAUCGAGUGGUGAGAAGUAGAUUUGCUUUACAUGACAUAGAAAAUUGAAACCAAAUGAUAUCCGCUGCUGGUUCAAGCUGUUUGACAGUUUUAUCAAGCUUUUCUUCAUUAUCUAGUAAGAUUCUCGAAAUAAUAUUUCACAGAACUAGCGGAAAGCAAAAUUGCGGUUAGCGUCCGAUAAAGUACUUCGAAUAAUUAUAAUAAAACAAACUAGAGAUUUUGUUUAAAAAUUGCUUUAUUAACCAUCUAUUAAAUAGAAAAAGUAGACGAAAUUUAGGCAAUAAACUUUUCUUGCGUCAAAUCUAA